UGUAGCGUGCAAGAAAGUAAUGUACUCGUUUUGUUUGUACCGUUGUGAAUAAGUUUUUGAGUCUUUUGGUGUUACUUUUAUUUGGAUAAAGUGUUUUCUGUUAAGUUAUUAGACGCCACCAAAAGAAACUGUUGUAAAGGAGAAAUGGACUCGCUGUGUAUGCUUCGCCUCUUCAAGUGUACUGGGCGCACGUCAUAACAAACUCCUAACUAUUAUCCAGUAUUUGACUAGGAAUAGGUCUUAGUCAGAAUGAAUGAUUUCACAGUUUCUCGUCAUAUAUGCCAAGUUUCGUCACACGUUUGAGACGUCAUUAAUGAACGACGGCGUGGCCUCCGAUCCAGUUUAAAAGGUCAUUCAACUACGUCAUGUUUAUGCGAUGCCCGUGUGACGUUCAAUGUGCCCUCGCUUCGCCGCAUAGGAGGCUCGCUUUCUGCCCGUGUGCGUGUGUACCAUGAAGGUCAUAAUCGUUUUUCGCGUUUGCGUUCAAAGCAACAGAGCCUGCGCCCGUGGUGUGUUCAAGUGUUAAAUAUGCAUGUCAGUCGAUUUACUCAAGCAUGCAGUCCGCUGGAGUUUUCGAUUUGGGCCCCGAGUCAACGAGCCGCGUUGCCAUGACGACCAUGUCCAUCCUGGCGCCUCCGCCGCCCCUUUCGGCCCUGUGUCGAUGGUACAUAUAUGCAAUUCACGGCUUCGUGUGCGAGGUGAUUUUCACGGCUUGCUGUGAGUAUAUAGUGCAUAAAAACUGGAAGCUCCAUGGAGCCACCAGUUUAUGGGCCUUCGUCAUCUACGGAACGUGUAUCCUGGCCAUUGAGCGCAUGUUCCUGCGCAUGCGUGACCAUGUUAACGUGCUGGUGCGCUGCCUGGUCUACACUGUAUGGUUGUACGUCUGGGAGCUGAGCACCGGCCUGCUGCUGCGGCGCUUUGGUGCCUGCCCCUGGGACUACUCCAAAUUCCGCUAUAAUUUCAUGGGCCUGGUGACGGCUGAAUACGCCGCGCUGUGGUACUUCGCCACUUUCUUGGCGGAGCGUCUGGUCAUCCAGAACACACUCCGCUUGCGCUACCACGAUGGCUUCGACGACGGCUGGACCGAUCCCCUGGCUGGGGCCAUGAGGGCCGCCCGAAACUGCGAGAAGAGGAUGCGGGAGGCCGGGAUGGGCGGCUUGUUGAAGUGGGACUGAAGGACUGAGGAACCAACUUUUAGGUUUCAAUCCGACAAUUAUGCCAAUUAAAAAAAAAAAAGUUAAAUAAUUGACUGUCUGUGUCAGAAGUAUAAUUGAGGACAAAACAA